AUGGCAGCCAUGCGAUUUCUGCUUCUGGCCUUCAUGGUCGCAGGUGCUGAGGCAGGAGCCUGCACCCCCGUGGACUCCUGUCCAAAGCUGUCUGACGGCCUCUAUUGCCCCGUCAACGACGUCACGGAACAUGCCGACAUCAAUCGGGAUGUGAAGCUGGUUAAAGAGUACUUGGCCGAGACCCCCUUGAACUACGCAAUGGCCAAGCAGGUGUACACCGAAGGCAACUUCUCUUCCAAAGGGCUGGGGAACAUGCGAACUCUCCAAGACCUGGCGCAGAAGGACAUGACCGUUGACGGAAAGUACACCAACGUUUUCUACAGCGGUGCCGUCAGCUUGUACGGCUCAACGAAUGCCGUGUGGCAUGACUACAUUAUCGCGUGUUUGGACGGGACAGGUAUUUGCGAGGGCAAGACGGACUCUUUUCGGCAGUACGUCAUCAACAAGGGACUCAUUGGAGUUGUGACGGCCUACGCCACCUACGAGUUCGGUGCAGCUGUUUGGAAAGGUGAAAAUGGAGAGACGGCGGACACUCAAGCAGCCUAUGCUUGGGACGAAGGUGCUGCUUUCUACAUCGGCAAUAUCGAUCCAGUAGUCGGCGACGGCUACACGGGUUCCGCCCCCGGCAACCUCUACUCGCCCUACGAGUUCAACUGGAAGCGCGACAUCGACUUCCCCGAUGGCACCUCGACACACACAGAGGCCGUGCCGAUUCUCAACUACGGCCUCAUCAACCUGCGUGGAGAUGCCUACACUGCUACCAGUGUGAAAGCAGCAGAGUUAGCCAUGUACAAGAUCUUCUCCAUUGCUGCCAUCCGAAGUGCUAUCAAGUACGCCUGGAAGGCCUACAAUGGCGGCACCAUGGAGCCAAAGUAUCUCGCCGAGGGCUGGGCCUACUGGAGGAGUGCCUCCGGUUACAUGUCCACCUUCAAUGCCACCACGGUGCAGGCGGUUGAUGAGCUCUUUGACCUAAACUUGACAACUGUACCGGAGAGCACGGCCUGCUCCGUCAAGACGCUGGUGGAGUCUUUGUAUCCACACCUCGGCAUCACCUGCGCCAUGGUGGGCACCUGGAAAGACGCACCAGCUGGCAGCUGCAUGGCCUCCGCAUGUAGUGACACGGGCAACACGGCCACACUGCUGAGCGGCUCAACGGCGUAUCCAGACAUGUGCAAGGCAGUGCCCACGACAACGACCGCCGCUUCAAGCGAAACUUCUGUGGCUCCGUCCCUGUUCCUGUCCGCUGCCUUAAGUGCCUCCUUGACUUGCCUCUGUUUUUUUGGGAUCUGA